GCGUGACCGCGGUUCUUCCCCAUUUAGCUUAGUAGCUGUUCAUUCUGCGGACUCAAGGUCUUUCCGCUCAGGUCACCAUGACAACCCUCAGCUCCCUGAGGUCCCUCUGCUGCGCAGCCAGAGCCCAGGUCCGGGCUUUUCACUGCACUCCCUCCCGGAAUGAGGCUGUGGUGAUAUCCGGGAGGAAGCUAGCCAGACAGAUCCGCCAGGAGGCCCGGCAGGAGGUGGAGCAGUGGGUGGCCUCUGGUAACAAAAGGCCACAUCUCAGCGUGCUCCUGGUUGGGAAUAACCCUGCCAGUCAUUCGUAUGUGCUGAACAAGACCAGAGCGGCCGCUGAUGUUGGAAUCAGCAGUGAGACCAUUCUCAAGCCCUCAUCCAUCUCGCAGGACGAACUAUUGGAUUUGAUCGGCAAACUGAACAACGACCACAAUGUGGAUGGUCUUCUGGUGCAGCUUCCUCUGCCAGAACACAUUGAUGAGCGGGAAGUGUGCAACGCAGUUAUCCCAGAUAAAGACGUUGAUGGCUUCCAUGUGGUGAAUGUCGGAAGAAUGUGCCUUGACCAGUACUCCAUGUUACCAGCCACACCCUGGGGUGUAUGGGAGAUCAUCAAGAGAACAGGAAUCCCCACCCUGGGCAAAAACGUAGUGGUGGCCGGAAGAUCCAAGAAUGUAGGAAUGCCCAUUGCUAUGCUGCUGCACACAGAUGGCAGGCACGAGCGCCCUGGAGGUGAUGCCACAGUUACCAUCUCCCACCGCUACACCCCCAAGGAACAACUGAAGAUGCACACGAAGAUUGCUGAUAUUGUAGUUGCGGCUGCAGGAAUCCCCAAUCUCAUUACAGCUGACAUGAUUAAAGAAGGAGCUGCUGUCAUAGAUGUUGGAAUCAACAGAGUGGAGGACCCUGUCACCGGGAAAGCAAAACUUGUGGGAGACGUGGACUUUGAAGAAGUCAGAAAGAAGGCAAGUUACAUCACUCCCGUCCCUGGAGGAGUCGGUCCCAUGACUGUUGCUAUGCUGAUGAAGAACACCAUUAUUGCUGCAAAGAAGAUGCUGAAACCCACAGAACAGCUGCAGGCGGUCGCCAUGUAACACAUGCUCUGUCCAAGAACUGUCUUUACAUUCCAAACCCACACCCAUGAACAGGCCGAUGAUCAAAUGCAAUAUUUGUAUUUUAUUAUAGAGAAGUUAUUUAUUGGAAGCGGAGUUCUUGCUCCUGCAGAGCAAAGAGAGCGGCGGCUCCCGGGGGACCGUUCUCCGCAAUAAAUGCAGACUUCUCAUGUGUGCUGUUACAGGUGGCUGUUACUAGUUACUGUUACAAGUGCAUGCUAAAGCCAAAGGUACAGACCCUGCCGUCCAUCUAGGAUGUUAGAAGGCAGGGUCGGACACUGAGAUCUCCAGUGCUGGGAGGCCAUAGCACAGCCUGCCACUACUGACCAGUCUCCCUUUAGUCAGUAGCGUCCAUGGAGGAUACUUUUGUUAUUGAACAAGAUUUUUUUUUUAUUUUUAUUUUUUUUAUCGCUCUUGACAAGUCAUCCUUAUUAUCCUUUUAAUAUUUAAUGAUAAUUUUUUUUUAAUUGACAGUUUUUCUGGUAGUUUCCGCUUAUUUAAGCCGUGGAUGGUGUAGUGUCCAGUUUGGGUACAUGUGGAUGGGGUUUAAGCUCAUAGCACGUCAGUCAGGCCUCAGCUUGACGACCGGAUUUGGGUGAAUUGGCUAAUCGGCGCAAGCAAGACUUGACUUUGGUCUGUAUACCCCCAGGUACCCAGCUGUACACUAUAGCGGGCUGUAAGGUUUUAUUUAAAAAAAAAAAACAUCCGCUCAUACAUCUUUUUACAAGUCUUUAUGGAUUGACUGUGAUUAUGAAUGGAGCGUGUUAGGCCAGUCUGCAGCUGAUACAUGAACGCAGUGGAGGUAGCAAUUGGGAAUUGAAUACAGAUUUAGAUGGGAAUUGUAAUUUGUGUUAGGCUGCCUGUGUGUGAUGCGGAUCAUCGCUAAUUCAUCAUGCGCAGGCGGCCUCAUGCAGAAUAUGUACCUGCUAUAUAAUUUUACCACCAUGUGAGUGAAAUGUAGGUGCUAUUGUGACAUGAAUUAAAAUUCUGAAUUCCCAA